GUUGGCAGCGUCACCUUUCAACAUGGUUUCUCGGAUUUUUGAAAGUAGUAUUACCCAGAUUUUUCAACACUUGUUUGAUCUAUUUAGUAAAGCUGCCUUCUGGUCUAAAGAGAAGUUCACAGGUUGGCGAGUGAAGCGGGUAGUUAACCCUUACAUAUUUGCCUAUUCUUUUCGGAAAGCAAAAGCUCUUGUUAUCCUGCUUGCGUUUAUUCCAGUGUACUUGUUUAUUUCAAAUGUAAUCCUGUCUUCGAAACUAAAGCUUCGAGUGAAAAAAAUCGCACCAACUGAAUGGGAGACGAUUCAGCAGACUGGUAGGACCCCAAAGCCUUCCUCUUCCCCUCCUUUCGAGCCAGAGGGCUCAUUCCAGUUCAACUGGAUUGGAGUCCAGGAAGCGAACAGUUGGACAGACAACUGGGUUAAUGUGAAAUCAGAUCUAGACAUUUACUCAGCGUAUUUUGAUAAUCGGUCUAGUUUGCUUGGUGGACCAGUGAUCAGAAUAAUUGCAAAAACAGAAACUAAACUCUCGGAUUUAGUGCCAAACAUUGAGUGCUGGGCUAAGUUUUUCUCACCUGAAAGGGAAGAACAUAUUGUUAAAAUUCAAAUGAAUGAAUCAGAUAUUGAUAAAAUUCAUAAUGCAUGCAAUCUGAUAUGUUCCAAUGAAAUCUUCAGAGAGAGUGUACCUACCUAUGUGGGAGUUAAAUCAAUUUCCUCUUAUGAAGAUCCAAUCUGGAUCAAAGUUCACAUUAUUCCUAACGGUUCGGUUGAUUCUCAAGUGAAAAUCGCUGUCUGUGUCCCGCCAUUUAACGGUUCUAUGAAAGAAACGCGUCUAUUAGCUGAGUUUGUAUCCUUUUACUCUGUGCUUGGUGUCCGUCACUUUUCAUUUUAUGACUACGGCACAACAACUAAGUUUCGAAGACUGUUGGAUGUCAUAGCACAGUCUAAAGGCAUGUCCGUGAACAUUCUUCCAUGGACAUUGACUUGGGAAACGAAUAAAGUUACUUACCCGGCACUGGGGUCCUCUUUUGCCUACUACUCCGGACUCCAAGACUGUGGUUAUCGACAUAUGCAUCAUUAUUCUCACCUGAUGUUUCUAGACAUCGAAGACUUCCUGACUCCCGUCAACCUAAAUCACACAACCUUAGUGGAAGUGAUCCAGUAUAUGGACGCCAAUGGUGCUGGAAUUUGCUGUGAUGUAUAUAGGUUCACCCAAUCUAUCUUCUGCUUAAAAUUCCCAUCUUUCGUUUCGCCUUUCCCAAAUUCUUCGAAUUUUGUCACAUUCUCGAAGCGAAUCGCUAGGCCAGCAGUCGUCCUAUCUUCCAUGUGGCCAGCCUAUUUAAGGUACAUCGUACGACCUGAUAAAGCAGUUUUGUUCGGUCCUCACGACAGUUACUUGCUACCGAAAACCAGCAAGAAAAAUACACAGAAUCGUGCUUUAGUACACCGCUAUCUUGAUCUUCCUGGAUGUGACUUCAAUCAAGAAAAACAAAAAGUUAUUUAUGUGGACUUAAUACCCAACCUGUAUGGAGAAGAAAUGGUUAAGAUAAUGUCACCUUGGCUGAAGUACAUUUGAUAUGAAACAGUUUGGAAACAAAUAGUGGUAUUAUUUGUAUUUAAAAUGUGCUACAGACAUAAAAUCAUAUGAUAUGCAAAGUAUUCAUAACGGUUAUUGUUUCACAAAGGACUAAGUUGAACACGUUCUUUACGAAACAAUAAUUACUAGUUACAAAAUUAUAUUAAAUGUUUUAGAUUUAGGUUUCACCAAAAAUUUUCUUUAUAAUCACAAGAUCAUUACACAAGCUUCCAUAUUUACCCACUUCUGUUAUCUUUAAUAUAAUUGUCAACAAAAUAAGUUUUAUUUCUCCGUUAUAAGCUUCAAAGAGAUAAUUCUCGUUGAUGAGCUUUAGGUUAUUGUCAAUGCUGCCCGUUUCACGAUUACUUUAUUGUUCUUCUGAUAGGAAUUACUUUCUCAGAGAGACUCCACCAGUUGUUUACCUGGAGGUACUUAUUACUGCUUUUCUUUUUAUUUCGAGGCAAAAUAUUCCACAUAUUCACGCUGAGAUAACUUUUUUUGCUAGCAUUCAGUAUACUUUCCUGUUAUUAUAUCGAGAAUACUUUUUUUUAUACAUUCUAGAAGAGACUUACUUUGAUGAUUUCCUUAUUGUUUACUGAUAUGUAUAAUUUCUGUUGUUAAAUAAAUGUGACUUUCUUACUGUCGA